AACGUUGACCAGAUCCUUUGUCCCAACGGGAGUGUGCUCACCACGGCGUCGUUUCUUCUUCCUCCCUAGCUUUUUCUCGUCACAAAUUAUUUUAUUUAUUUUUUUAUUGCAGCUAAAAAAUUAAUAACAAUUCGUCUUCUUGUUUUCCAUUUUCCAGCCAUCGCCACCUAACUUUCUCUUUCUCUCUCCUUUAAUUCCUUUCUUUGUUUCCAUUCUUUUCAUUUCUCUCCCAGAGACUCUUAAUUUUUUUGUUCUUUCGUUUCUUUCUUUGAUCGUUGCUAGCUGCUAAGAGGUUACAUCAAAAUGGAUUAUUUCUUCAGGGGUCUAAAUGAGGAUUCAGCAUCUUCCCAAAUGGACAUCCUUAGAUGUCCAUUUUUGAGAAACAUUAAUGAGCCAACAAACUUUUCCUUCUCAUCCGCCUUGCCUUUCCCAAUGCCGGUCCGAGGAGCCAAAGGUCCAAUAUUUGAAGAUGGACCCAAUUUCGACAUGGCAUUCAGGCUUUUCCAUGGACGUGAUGGAGUAGUUCCUCUAUCUGAACGAUCUUCCUUGCGUACUGAGAAAGCAGAGCCUGAAACCGCCCCACCCAAGUUCAAUCCUUUGGCUGCCAAGGCAGCCACCAUUAGUCUCUCAUCCUUUGGACCAGGAGGGCCUUUCAGUUUUGAUGCAUUUUCCAACAAGUGGAACAAUCAGAAAGGAAAAUCAAAACCAUCCAAGAAAGAGUCUUCUUCAAAGGGAGGAAAUUUCAAUCACGAAGCAUUGGGCAAUGAAUGGCUGCAAAAUGGGAACUGUCCAAUUGCUAAGUCGUAUAGGGCAGUUAGUGGUGUUUUGCCACUUGUUGCGAAGGUUUUCCAGCCACCUCCUGGGAUGAAAUUCAGGUGCCCACCUGCAGUGGUUGCAGCUCGGGCAGCACUAGCACAAACUGCUUUUGCCAAGAAUCUCCGCCCUCAAUCCGUGCCCACAAAAGUACUGGUGAUUGGGAUGUUAGGCAUGGCAGCAAAUGUUCCUUUAGGUAUAUGGAGGGAACACACUGAAAAAUUCUCACCAUCUUGGUUUGUGGCCAUCCAUGCAGCUGUUCCAUUCAUAGCGAUGCUUAGGAAAUCUGUCUUGAUGCCUAAGACAGCCAUGGCAUUUACCAUUGCAGCAUCUAUAUUAGGACAGGUUAUCGGCUCUAGGGCAGAACGAUAUCGAAUGAAGGCAGUAGCAGCAAAACGAUUAGACAUCAAGGAAUCCUCUGUUUCUGUUGGUGAUGCAAAUCAGUUGGAAGUUAUUGCUGUUAAAAAUGGCUAUUGCGGUAAAGAUGUUGAAUGGGAUCCAGUUUCUCUUCAGGUGGCAAGGCCUUCUUCAUCGACAGACGUGUUUUGCUAAUUCUAAUCUCCUUAUUGUAAGUUAAGCGACUGCCAUUUCUGCAUACAGUAAUUCGUUGUGUUUUAAACUAAAGUUCCCAGUUGUUCUAUGUUUUGUUGUGUUCCUUUCUUGUACCAGUCAUGUUUCGGCAAAAAAAAUCAUGGAGAGAAUAAAAUAUGCAGAAAGAGAAAUUUCCUUCUUC